UGCAGCGCAGUGGAGCAUUGUGGGAUUAUACGGAUAUUGACAGGGCAACGAGACGAGACGGUUUGGUGUGAUUCGGAAUCUUUUAUUUUCUUCAUAAACAUUAUCCAUACAGGGACGUUAAGCUUCAGCAGCAAACGAUGAACGGAUCAGUGGCUAAAAAGACGCAGGAAACUUUAGGGAAGGUGAUAAAGAAACCUCCUCUGACUGAAAAACUGCUCAGCAAGCCGCCUUUUCGUUACCUGCACGACAUAGUGAGCGAGGUAAUUCGCACCACUGGCUUCAUGAAAGGCCUUUAUGGAGAAGCAGAGAUGAAGGCAGACAAUGUCAAGGAUAAAGAGUCAAAGAUAGCGUUCCUCCAGAAAGCCAUAGACGUUGUGAUGCUAGUGAGCGGGGAACCCGUGGCUGCAAAGCCUGCGCGGAUAGUGGCCGGCCAUGAACCGGAGAAAACCAACGAGCUGCUCCAGACCAUUGGCAAAUGCUGCCUCAACAAGCUCUCCAGCGAAGAGGCUGUUAGACAUGUCCUGGCUGGAGAUAAAGUGGACCUAAAGGGGAAAGCCAGCACCUCCAGGUCCCAGGGCAAAGAGAACAGAGAAGAGAAGAUCAAAGAGAGCAGUGUGAGCACUGAGCAGAAAGACUUGGACCAACCCAAGGAUCAGGAGAGCAAGAGGAGGAGCGAGAAAGAGAAACACAGAGAUGGCGAGAGGACCGAGAAAGCCCGGGAGAGAGACAGGACAAAGGACAGAGAUCGGGAUAAAGACAAAAGUCGCGAUCGGGAUAAAGAAAAGGUCAGAGUGGGAGAGGGGGAUAAAGACCAUGACAGAGACAACAAGAAGGACCGAUAUAGAGGCAGAGACCAGGAGAAGACCCAGGAUGGAGAUAGAGAUAGGACCAAGGACAGAGAACGGGACAAAAACAGAGAUCGAGACUCCCACAAAGACAGAGAACGAGCGCGGGACAAAGACAGAGAGCGUGAGCGGGACAAGCGAAGAGACCGAGAGAGAGAGCGAGCGCUUAAGAAGGAGACCGAAGAAAAGAAAAAAGAGAAAGCAGAAAAAAAAACCCGAACUGCAGAGGAAGUGAACAAGCAAAAACCUCCCCCAGAGGAGCUGAAUCACAAAGCCGAGUCAGAGGAGACUGAAAGUCCUGCCAGAAUACCCAGGCCCUCUUCUGCAAAGGGACAGAGACGCCGGCCUAAAUCUGGAGCGCAAGACGAUUCAGAUAGUGAUGGAGGCGACAACACUACAGUGGAUAAACCACUUCAUCUUGAAAAUGGAGAUGCUUCAGAUGCUUUGGCACAAAAUGCGUCCCACAGCAGCAGCAACAGGAGAAUAGCACGGCCCAGUAGUUCGAGACCGGCACCGCCCCGAGUGAGGAGGCAUGAGAGCUACACUGACGCAAGCCCAGCAGAGAGACUGGGCAGUGCUAAGCCUCCCUCUGCAGUGAUUGUUGAAAGCAAAAAGCUCUCGGAGGAUGAGGACGAUGAAGACGGACAGUUUGUUGUGGAGGAGGCAGGUCCUCUUCCCUCUGACAUGAAUGAGAUUGCGAUGGGGCCAUCAAUUGAGUUACAAGGUGAUGAGAAACACGGUGGGCUUGUGAAGAAAAUCCUGGAAACUAAGAAGGAUUAUGAAUCAUCACCCUCAGCUCCAAAGUCAAAAGACCAGGAUCGGAUGCCAGUGUUGGAGGCGGCUCGUAAGAAGGAGCGCGAGUUAGUGGCCAGAGAGAUCGAGCGUCUUCGGACGUCCGUUCAGAGCGUGUGUCGUAGUGCUCUGCCGUUAGGUAAGAUCAUGGACUACAUUCAGGAGGACAUGGACUCCAUGCAGAACGAGCUGCAGACCUGGAGACGUGAGAACAGAGAACACACAGAGGCCCUGCUGCAGGAACAGAGGAUCACUGACAGUACUGUGAAGCCCCUGAAGGCUGAACUGGCCGAACUGGAGCAGCUCAUCAUGGAACAGCAGGACAAGAUCUGUGCCAUCAAGUCUAACAUCCUCCAGAACGAGGAAAAGAUUCGAAAGAUGGUGUCCAGCAUCAACGUCUCACAAACGUGAACGAAAGAGCAACACAAAGCCUCGUACACCUGUACACACAGGAGCGCGGCAUUCCCCGCUCCCUAACGGUGCGGCGGUGUGUUUUGAUGUAAAAACCGGAGCGAAGUGGUACAAAUCAUAAAAAGGUGCCUUCUGUCGAUACCUGAAUCUGUUCUGAAAGAAACAAACAAACAACAAAAUAGAAACACUCCUGCACUGUGUUAAUCCCUGCACAUAGAUUUGCACACAUGGUUUGAUUGAGAAAUAGAUGUUUGGUCACAGUGAUAUCGAUGUGGUGUAUGAGUUUGUCUACAAAAAAGUUUCAUUUCCGUUGACAUGUUUUUAUUUCUUUUUUUUGUAAUUUGAAUCUUCUCCAGAUUCCUGUUUAUUUAUAGUAAUAAGAGAAACGUUCCUGGCAAUAUCUAAGACUUUACUGCUUUUCAGGUGUACUGUAAUCUCUCUACUCUCCAAAGCUUGUCUUAAGCAAUAGCAGCCUGCUUUCUGGACAGAUCCUACUAACCAUUGUUUUUAGUCCAAACCACAGCAUUCCCAGCUUCCUGUUUUUAUUUUAAUUUGUAUAUUUUUUCCCUUCUCCACCACUCUGUCCGGGGAAACCAGCACAUAAUGUUAGCAGUUGAAAGGUAUGCAUGCCAAAAGCGCUAGUCGAGCACUACUGCACUUUGAACAGGAAAACUGUGACUGAAUGCGUCUGCGUGAGCAGAAACCUGUCGAGCUACAGCACAAAGACCUUUUCAAAAUAAUCUCUGCUUCUGUUUUAAUGGGUUAAAAUGCCUGUAUUUUCAUCUCUAACUUUAUCCCGGUUGUAGGCUGAUUAGAAACAGACAUGUUGGGUUCAUGGCAUGAGAUUUAAGAACAGCAAAAAAUAAAACCAAAACAAACAGAAGCAGAAAUCUUUCUGAAUAAUCUUCAACCUCCAUCUUUAAUCACUGCAUAAUAUUAAUUAUAUCGCAUCAGUAUUAUUAGCCAUAGCAUAAAUACAAAUUGUAGCACUGUUGCUAAUAGUUGUUUUUCAUCUAAAGAUUGAUUAUGAAGGAUUUACUUUCAAACGAUCAGUGCAAACUGUUUCUACCACAUCCAUAUCGUCUCUGUAUAAUAUGUAUAUUUUGUUUGUAUCAUAGUUCACAAAUGACUAUAACUUUUGUAGUGGAGUGAAAUAAAUGGCUACAUUUAAGUAAAA